GGCCUCCGGUCACGUGACGGCGGCGCAGGUGAGCACCGCUUCCGGGUCGGGCUUGGGAGAGUCGCGGCCGGCUCCCGCUUCCACUCGCUGGGGUGCGCGGGAGACUAUGGCGUCCUCCUCCGUCCCUCCCGCCGCCGCGCCCGCCGCAGCUGGAGGCCCCGGCCCAGGGUUCGGCUUCGCCUCCAAAACCAAGAAGAAGCAUUUCGUGCAGCAGAAAGUGAAGGUGUUCCGGGCCGCCGACCCGCUGGUGGGCGUGUUCCUGUGGGGCGUCGCCCACUCGAUCAAUGAACUCAGCCAGGUGCCGCCUCCAGUGAUGCUCUUGCCAGACGACUUUAAGGCUAGCUCCAAGAUCAAGGUCAACAAUCACCUGUUCCAUAGAGAGAAUCUUCCCAGUCAUUUCAAGUUCAAGGAAUAUUGUCCCCAGGUCUUCAGGAACCUCCGUGACCGAUUUGGCAUUGAUGAUCAGGAUUACUUGGUGUCCCUUACUCGAAGCCCCCCAAACGAAAGUGAAGGCAGUGAUGGUCGAUUUCUCAUCUCCUAUGAUCGCACUCUGGUCAUCAAGGAAGUGUCCAGCGAGGACAUUGCUGACAUGCACAGCAACCUUUCCAACUACCACCAGUACAUAGUGAAGUGUCAUGGCAACACACUCCUGCCCCAGUUCCUGGGCAUGUACCGAGUCAGUGUGGAGAAUGAAGACAGCUACAUGCUUGUCAUGCGAAACAUGUUUAGUCACCGUCUUCCUGUGCAUAGGAAGUAUGACCUCAAGGGCUCCCUAGUGUCCCGGGAAGCCAGCGAUAAGGAAAAGGUUAAAGAACUGCCUACUCUUAAGGAUAUGGACUUCCUCAACAAGAACCAGAAAGUGUAUAUCGGUGAGGAAGAGAAGAAAGUGUUUCUGGAGAAGCUGAAGCGAGAUGUGGAGUUUCUAGUGCAGCUGAAGAUCAUGGACUACAGCCUUCUGCUGGGCAUCCACGACAUCAUCCGGGGCUCUGAGCCAGAGGAGGAGGGGCCCGUGCGGGAGGACGAGGCUGAGUGGGAUGGGGACUGUAACCUGACCGGACCUCCUGCUCUGGUGGGCUCCUAUGGCACCUCCCCUGAGGGCAUUGGAGGCUACAUUCAUUCCCACCGGCCCCUGGGCCCAGGAGAGUUUGAGUCCUUCAUCGAUGUCUAUGCCAUCCGGAGUGCCGAGGGGGCCCCCCAGAAGGAGGUGUAUUUCAUGGGCCUCAUUGACAUUCUAACACAGUACGAUGCCAAGAAGAAAGCAGCUCACGCAGCCAAAACCGUCAAGCAUGGGGCGGGGGCAGAGAUCUCGACUGUCCAUCCUGAGCAGUAUGCUAAGCGAUUCCUGGAUUUUAUUGCCAACAUCUUUGCCUAAGAGCCUGACUCUGUGGUGGUCACUGCUUUACGUUGAAGGUGGUGGGUUCUGAGAGUCUUAGGGGAACUGGAUUUGGCCACUACUUCUCUUCUUUGCUAAAUUCAGGCUGCAGGCUCCUUCCAUCCAAACCAUUCCAUCUUGGUGGACAGGCUUUUCCUGCCCGAGAAAGACACCGUCCUCCCUCCCCGUGUCCGUUUCCUGCCCGCGCUCCUCGCUCCCACCGCGCCCUCUUGCUUCAUUAGAGUGUUGUUGGUGACUCUCCUAAGUGCCUUGAUCUUUGAAAAACAUCUUGUUUCUGUGAAAUAGGAGGAGCUGGGGGUAGGGUUGUUUGCCAUCUUCGAGACCUGACUGGACAGUGGAUGUGGCUCAAGCAACGACCCCAGAUGCACUGUGCCGUGUGGACGAAACUGAAUGUCUGGAUUCGCUGAUACCAUUGCAGGGCUUUGUGGCAUGCUUCCUCCCUGUAGGCCCUGGAAUGGAGGGCUCUCAGGAGACUCCCAUGUGGGUGCAGGCAUUCACACAUGGACAGUCUGCCAUGGAGGUGAGGUGGAGAGUGGUCAGCAGGCUGGCACCUCACAGAGGCAGGACCUAAGCGGACUUUUGUGACUAUGCAGAGAACGGAGAAGGUCCCUGUCAAGCAUUGACUACUGUCCAUGCUCUUCCUCCAUCCCACCCCACUUUGAUCUGUACCCAUGAGUACUUCUGGAUGCAGGAGCCCUGGCAUGGCCAGAGCGUCCAAGCCUAGGGCCCGGUGUGGGGCUUCUGUGCUGCGCCUCCCCAGAACCCUUCAGCAAGGGGGGAGAGCGCAGCGGAGGCUGGGAGGACUGGUCAGAGUGAAAGGCUCAUUCCUAUGUGAAGUUUCCUGUCUUCCUGUCCAGUUACUCCCCAGGGCCCUUUCUAGUAGGAGGGAAUAGCUGCAUGUGGGUUUCCAUCAUUUCGAGAGGAUAGAGAUCUUGAGUGUGGGAACCCCCCAUCCCCUGGACAUGGUACCUAGUGCGCUUCCUCCCCUCUCCUCAGACAUUCUCUGCUUGGAUUGUUGUCCUGUUCUCUUCUGUCCCAUCUUUCCUGCUACUGUGUCUCCCAGGGGACAGAUGGCCUUCUCUGUCUUCUUCACUUUCCACCCCCAGAGAGGAGUCAGAGCCAUAACUCAGUCACCCAGUCCCUUCCAAAGAUAGCUGAGUUAAUUCGUGAUAUCCUCAGAAUGGAGAGGAGCUCAGGCAUGGCAGGUCAUGCCUGUAAAACCCAGCGCUCAGGAGGCUGUGGCAGACUGAGUGAGAGUUCAAGGCUGACUUGGACAGCCUGGGCUGCAGAGUGAGACCUGGUCUCAGGAAAACCCAGAAAAGGUAUGGGUUUGAGCACUGGAGAUUAUAACUCAGUUGGUGGGGUGCUUGCCUAGCAUGUACAGAGCCCGGGCUCACCCCAACACCACCUAAACCAGGUGUGGUGGUGCAGUCCUGGAGUCCUAGCGCUAGGGAAUGAAGGUAAGGAGGAUCAGGUAUUCGAGGUCAUCCUCAGUGACAGAGCAAGUUUGAGGCCAGCCAAGGAUACAUGAGCCUGUCUUGGGGAAAAACGAUUCUAAGAUGAGAUAGAUUGUCGUCUCUGCCCAGAGCCUUUGGAACCAAGACACUCUUGCUGUUCUGUCCCUCUUCAGCCCUCCACACUCUGGGGUGGAGGGUGCGAGGCGGGCAGUGAGGGCCAGCAGCUGCUCUGCUGGGUAGCUGGCCUGACCAGUCAGUCUCCUAAGAAGCCACGCAGGCAGUCCUCAGGGAGCAGCUCCCUUUCACCUUUAACCAAAGGGGGCCACGAAAGGAACAGUGGUCGGAGGGAGGGACCUACCUGCCAGGUCUCUUCAUCCCACAGGCGACCUUCCCUGUUGAUGCAAUAAAGCCCCAUGACACCAGCAGCUGUUCAUUGGAACUGGAUUCUCUAACCAUGAGGUUGUGUAUUAUGGGCAGUAUGGUCAUCUUCAUUCAUUGCUUCUGUUUUCCAUCAUUUUGUUUUAUUAAUAAAAAAAAAUCUGUAUUUA